CGCGCUGCCUUCCGCAAGAAGCGCAAGCGGACCUCGACGGCCGCGUCCAGGCGCUCAAGAAGACCAAGCCGCCGACCAUCGACCUCUUUGCGCCCGACAAGACCGCGCCGCCGCCAAUCGCCAGCAUCAACAAGUACACAGACGACGGCAUCGCGCUCGGCGGCGCGCUGAGCACGGUCCACGACGAGAUAGGCCGACGCAAGCUGCUUGCAGCGAUCUUUCGUGCGUGGUCGUUCCGACACCAGACGCACGCCACUCCGGCGCGACGAGCGGCUGCACGAAGAGGCAGAGCGCGCUGCCUUCCGCAAGAAGCGCAAGCGGACCUCGACGACCGCGUCGAGGCGCUCAAGAAGACCAAGCCGACACCGCCGGCCAUCGACCUCUUUGCGCCCGACAAGACCGCGCCGGCGGCCUUAGCUACGCGAUCUGCCUUACGGCGCAGGCGAUGCCUUCGAUCGGCGUGCGUUGGGUACCUCUGCCUCCGCGCCCGGUUCAAGCACUUGCCGCGGUAG